AAAAAAAAAAAAAAAAAAAAAAAAAAAAAAGCAGUCAACUGGCCUCAUGAGUCGAUCCGAUCAUAGCGGUGAGCAGAUCUCCUCACGACGAGGUGUCGGACCUCUCGUAUCCGGGGGUGUUCAUCACAUGUCAGGAGUCCAGACUCGGCACCGCCAACCUUGCGGGGGGAUUCAAAUCGAUCAUGUCCGACGUGUCAGUCAGUCGUUCAGGGAAUUCACUCUUCUCACGAGUUCUCUAUCACAAACCAGAAAGCAGUCGGCCAUGGAUCCACUUACUCCUGCAGGAGGCUCGUUCCGGUCGCGUCGUUCCUAUCCCUCUUUACAGCAUAUCUCUGUCGCUCCCCUGACCUCUCGCAUCCCGCUCGACGAUGAUCCAGAAUUUGAGGAUUAUUUUUCCCGAGACCGCAGGGAGCUGGGAUCAACCUAUACACCCCAGGGUGCCGUAAAGACGUCAUAUCUCUCCAGCGCCUCAGUUCCGUCGACACCUCCCAUCCUGUCGCAUUCGCGGAGCGGAUCGCGUGUACGACAAUAUAAUCGGAGCAGAAGUGCAAACCGUGGCCCUCUCAAUGAGACCAAUUUGAAGGGUCUCGAUAGCAGUGAGCCACUCCAUCAUCACCAUCCCCAUGACGGUGACAAGAGAAGAACAACAUCAUAUCGACACAAACACACCAGUGGCUUAAUUCACCAGGAUCCAGAAUGGGUACUCCGCGCGGGUCUGGCGCUUGCAGCAUCCACCCGUGAGGAGAAAGGUCAGAGCUGGUUGGUCAAGCGGGACAGCUCGACGAGUUUGGUUGAGCAAGAGCAAGAGACAGUACUACCAUCUCGACACGAUGUUAUCGGACGAAAGUCAAGAUCGGGCAGAGCCACUCCAGUCCCGGCUUCGAGACGAGCGUCCCGCUCGCGUGGCGGGAGUAAAAAGGGGAGCAGAGUCGAUCUUACUAUGACAACGACCGACUCGACGGUGGGAUGCAACUAUUCUCAGGCUGUUUCUCCGGCUGAAGCCCAACAUUUUGUGCCGGACUUCGUGGAUGAUCACGUUCGAUCCGAGAUGGCUUCAAUGCGCCAAGAUUAUUUGGAGGAGUAUCUGUCAUCAUCUGCCUCAGAGACGGAUUCGGAAUACGAUAUUGAUGAAAUUGAGCUGCAGCGACUGACCCGCGAGCGGGGCUUUGGCCUAGGAAGUUGGCUGGACCGCUUUGUAGAAUGGACCCUUUUUGGUGUCGAUGAGGAGUGGCCGCCCACUAUCGCGCCUGUGGCAUCAGGUGCAGAAGAGUCUGUGACUUUUCGAGAGGAUGCUCAUGACGGCGAAGAGCAACAUACUGAAGAGGAUCAUCAUGCCUUGUCUUCCGAAGAAGACAACCAUGGUGUGAAUAUUGAGAAGCCAGGUGACAAGGGCGGUUGGUCCGAUGCGAUUUGGUUCUUCCGUGUCGUAAAGAACGCGGUGGUAUGAUUAGGAAGGCUUGGGAAGGCCAAUGUUCCCCUGGUCCUUAUGUAUGAAUGAAUGAUCAAAUAUUCUGCGAAAUAUCUCGGAGCUCUUUUGGUUUGGAGGUAAAAUCUCCGUGAUCUGGCUGAAGAGCAUCUCACCCUGUAGCUAUAUUAGUACUUACGUCUCUUUACUCGAUCUGCAAACAUCUGCUACUUGUCUUCUGUUGUCUUGUUAAUGACCAUUAUGAAUCGCUUGUGCCACAAAUAGGAAGAACUUUCUAUUGACGUUCGUUG